CACGUGCCCGGGCUUUGUGCGCUCGGGCGGGCGGAAGGGCCGCCCCGCCGCCACAGCCCCGCUCCCUUUCGCUUUCCCUUUCUCUUCACCUCCCCAUGGCGGCCUGGCCCAGCCAGGAGGACGAGGCGGAGGACGAGGCGAACCUCUGGAAAUACGACUCCACCUGGGAGGGGGAGGAGGAGGACGAUGAAGAGGAGGAGGAUGGCGGCGGAGGCGAGCCGGAGCGAGCGGAGGCGGCGGAGGAGCAGGGCCGGGCGCGGAGCUGCUGGCACCGCCAGCUUGAAUGGUUUUCUUUAUUCGUGAAGCAGCUAAUGUCUUUCUUUGGUAUUGAGGAUCAAAUCUCAAAUUCCUCGCUGAUGUCGUCUUGGAGGGGUUUUCAGUGCAGCGGGAGGCGCAACUGGACUGCGGCGAGAGACCUGCAGAGAUACAGAAACCAUUACCCAGAUUUGAAAGAAACAGAGAAUGAGGAAGAAGAGAUGAGGAACUUAAGCUUUUAUAAAAAUGAGAUUGCUUUUGUGCCCCACGGUGUGUUUAUUGAAACUCUGCUUUCAUCUUGGGGGGACAAAUAUGAAACACUGGAAGAAAACCAUUCUUACAUACAAUGGCUGUUCCCUUUACGUGAACGUGGCAUGAACUUCUGUGCCAAGCCACUCACCUGUCAAGAAAUCCAGGCCUUUAGGAAGUCCAAGGAAGUUAUGGACAGGUUUAUCCGUGCUUACAAGCUCAUGCUGGGGUUUUAUGGAAUCAACCUGGUCAAUGAAGAAACUGGAGAACUUGAGAGAGCAGAGAAUUGGCGUGAACGAUUUGAAAACUUGAACAGGUUCAGCCACAACAAUUUGAGGAUUACUCGCAUCCUGAAGUGCCUGGGGGAGAUGGGAUAUGAAGACUAUCAAGUGCACUUGGUGAAGUUUUUCCUCACAGAAACUCUUGUCGAGGAGACAUUACCAAAUGUCAAGAGAAGUGCCUUGGAUUACUUCCUGUUCACUGUCAGAAGCAAAGAGAAGAGGAGAGAACUCGUCCACUACGCUUGGCAACACUUCAAACCUCAGAGCAGCUUUGUGUGGGGGCCUCGUGACAAACUCCAAAAGUACAGACCCUGCUCUGCCAAGCCACAGCUGCUCCAAAGGCCUGAGGAUAAACAGGACGCUCCAUGUCAAAAAUGUGGUGAUUCUGUGGAGAAGGAUCAGAGCCAGUCUCUAGAGGUGGAACAGAAAGCUGGAGAUGCUGAGAAGUUGCAGCCUGAAAUGUGUGAUGAACAUGUAGAGGAGAAGAUAAGCAAAUGUGUUUUGAAGGUAGGAGAUGAUGAAGAGGAGAAAGAAGCCUCAUUUGCCCAGCUGGAGGAAAAGGAUUUAAAAAGUGAAGCUGAAGAAGGGCAGGGUGCUGCAGAGAAUGACUGCACAAAGGAGAGCAAGAAGAGAAAACUGAAUGCAAGUUUGGCAGAUGCUAAAGGGGAUGGAUCAUUGAAAAACUCUGCUGAUAUUGAAAACAUUUCCCAUAAUCUGGGAGAGUGUGCAAUUGAUGCAGAGAUCCCCUCCUCUGACCCAGUCUCCCAGGCAGAAGAGAAUCAGGAAGCACUGAGGGAAGAUGACUCAAGCACCAAAGAUCCAGUGGCACCAGAGACCACGGAUGCAGCUGUGAAACGCAGGAAAGUUGAUAAAAAAUCAUUGAGAGGCAAACCAGUCAACUUGGCCAUAAACCUGAGCAUGGGGCCCUCAGCCUCUGGUGCCAAGGCAAAUCCAUCUGCUGCUAAUGGUGAGGCUGGAAAAGAAAAUGACAGUGAGGAAAAUGCAGCUGUGGAAGUGCCAAGUGAGAAGGGGGGUGGUGUUGGUGAUGCAGAUGGUGGGGAGCUGAGAUCCCCCAGGACUGGCUGCACCACUCCAGUCAAGGAUGGCUGCAAGUCAGGUGGAGAUCAAGACUCUGCAGGGGGUGAUCAGCACCACUGCAACAGCAAACUCCUGGGGGAUAAAGGUGAACUAGAUGGGCUAGGACAGCAGGAAAAGGCAGGUGAAAAAGGACAAGCAGAAGACACAGAUAAGAAGCAAGCUCCAGAGAGUCAUGAGCAGAGUGUGACACCCACUUGUCCUGAAGAAAACAGUGCUGAGGUCCCACCAGAAAAAGGUGAAGGCUCUGGGGAUGCAGCAGAGCCUGGUGGAGAGCAGGGAGCAGCAGAGUGAGAGCAGCACGGCGAGCGCCCGAGCCAGCGGAGAUGGCACUGCCCUGGCUGCUGGGAGCCAGCUUUGCUGGCUUGGAGAACUCAAUAAACUUCCUUUGGGAUGAUCCAGCUGGCCCCUGUCUCACUUUCACUCUUCCAUGGGUUUUUUCAUCAUCUAGUAAACUCACUGAGAUCCAGCUCUAAAGAGGAAGACUUUUCAUUUAUUCAUCGUCAUGGACAGGCCGUGUCCUGUUCCUGGGGUUUCUGUGAUGUUCAGGGCUAUCUUGGAGGAACGGGGAUUUUUGCACUUUGCUUUGAUUCUGGUUAUGUCCCUACUGGAAGAGAAGAGGAAAACUGAUCUGUCUCCUUGUUUGAAUUACUUAACUAUUUAUUAAAGACAUGAUUUUUAAUGUAAGACAGCAUGACCUAAUUUGCCAGGCCUUUCUACUACUGUGUGAUUUUGUUUUUUGUGAAAGGCUGUACCUUACCAGGAGUUUUUUUCCUGGCAAAAGUGCUGUUUCUCUAAAAGAGAUGAGUAUAUGGAUUUCACAUGAUGUCAGUGUAGUUGCCUCUCCUCUGGUAAGGAAAAUAGGUUUGGCUUUAGACUGGGAUAAAAACUGUAGCCAAAAUGUGUCUCUGACCAGUAGGAACCUUUGUGUAGAGAUUCUGUUCUCUUGAGGUGCAAAGUGCUGAGUAAUUAUUUCUCUUUAUCCCCACAGAGGUUGCUUUGUAGUUCUUUUUAGAGUUAAGGCUACAAAUUGCCUACUGAGAGUUUAAGAGACAAAGCUCCCAAGUUUUGCAUAAAACUGUUUAGAGCUGCUCUUCCCCAGGUUUACCCACCACUUCUAGACCCUUUAUAGUCUUCCACAGAUUUUUGUGUCCAUGACUGUUUCAAAGGCCCUCAUCUCUCAGUUGCCAAAACAGCACAAAUAUUUCCCAGUGCAUUUUUUUCAGCCUUUGCUGGUAAUUUGCAGUGGUCUGAAGGAGCCCUUUCCUGCAGGCCCAUGGCAUGAGGUUUGAUGUGUCAGAUCCAACUCAUUUCCUACUUAGGGCAGGGUUGCUUUGCCUUUAAUGUCAGCUAGUUCCAGUGCAGCAUGUCUGGAAACCACUGGGCUUUGUGGGGCAGUUAAUUGAAAUGUUAAUUGGAGAGGCUAUGCUUGUCUGGUUCAUUUAUUUCCAGCCCUCAAGAAUUCACUUUCAGACCUUGCCAGCUCUUUGCCUGCCUUAGUGUUCCUGACCUCCCUGUCAGCUGCUCUGCCACACUUACACGAUAUUCCACCAAGUCUGAAGGAGCAUUAAAACAGUUUAGCACCUUCACUCCUGAGAAUUUGCAACAGAGGAUCUGUUUCAUGAAACAGAAGAAAUUGUUUCCAGCAGCCUGAAGGUCUGGACUUUGCUCAGGUUGUUUGGGUUGAUUUUGAGGUUCUUUGGUGCUGUUUGGUUUGUGCAGGAGAUGGCCAGAGAGCACAUGCAGCAGCUUGUGCAAUGUCAAUGUUUUUUUUUCUCUGCCACAGCUCUUGAGUUUUAUCUUUCAAUGAAUUUGAGGGGUGAUUUACCUUCCCAGACUGUAGGUUCUCAUCCAGCAUGCCACAUGUGUGUGGGAAUAAAAGUCUGCAAGCUUAACAUCUGAUGUUCAUGGUCUCUGAAAAAAGGCUUUAAUGUUUUUAAAAUACUUCUUUCUUCAUAAGAACAGAUGGGUUAAAUAGCUGAUAAAAACACACUUAACUACAGGUAUAAAUACUUGAAGAUGUUGAGUGAGAAUUCUUUCCUAACAGAUUCCUAAGAAUUAUUAAUUGUGGCUUUUGUACAGAUUUAUAGUCAUUUUCUUAUUUAAUGAGAUUUUCAUUGUGAAUAUGUGCUCAGUUGGGGCAUAGAUCCUCUAUCUUGUUAUAGUGGGGUUUGUUUUUGUGUUUAAUGGGAUUUCACUGUGAGCCUCAGCCUGGAGUGAGUGCUCAAACCAAGCCCUUCCCUGUCCUGCCAGGUUUAGUUUUGGCUGUAGGUGUGUGUGGUGAGUUCACAAGGUGUUUCCAAGCACUCAGACUGUAUCACAGAGUGUUAUGUUAAUUCCCCUAUUAAAGCAUGACUUUAAUGCA